AGUACAUAGAAUCUCAGAUCAACUUGUACUUAAUUAUAAGUUUCAAAAGCUGCUACUCAUUAAUUUCAGUCAAGUACGUAAGUCUUCAGCUUCUAUCUUCGGCUCGGUUCAGCAGCAAUUAAUGGAUGGUGGAUUUUCAGCUUUCCCUCAGUACUAUGAUCAUAACCCGCAGUACCCAUUUGGUUCGGAUUUGCUGGAAUCAUCGUCUCAUUCUGACAACAACAGCGGUAAUGGCGUUGGUAGGAUGAACUUGUCGGACGAGGAGGUCAUGCUGGCGGCGACGUACCCGAAGAAGAGGGCGGGAAGGAAGAAGUUCAAGGAGACGAGGCACCCGGUGUACCGCGGUGUAAGGAGGAGGAACUCCGGGAAGUGGGUUUGCGAGGUUCGUGAGCCGAAUAAGAAGACGAGAAUCUGGCUAGGGACUUUCCCCACUGCAGAAAUGGCGGCGCGUGCUCACGACGUGGCGGCGAUUACCUUCAGGGGGCGGUCUGCUUGCUUGAAUUUCGCGGACUCGGCGUGGCGGCUGCCGGUACCGGCUUCUACUAGUGCUAAGGACAUACAGACGGCGGCUGCUCAGGCGGCGGAGGCGUUCCGGCCGACCGGGGAGGAAUCGGAAGUUGUUUCGGGAUCGGUCGCGGCGGUGGAAGCGGAAUCGGAACCGGUGUUUUGUAUGGACGAGGAGGAUGUGUUUGGGAUGCCGGGGUUGCUGGCAAACAUGGCGGAAGGGAUGCUACUGUCACCUCCUCAUUAUCAUGGCUACGGCGGCGAUGACAUGGAAGGUUAUGCUGACGUGUCACUGUGGAGUUACUCCAUUUAGCUUGACUAGUAUUGGAUUUUUUUGGAGAAUUUGAUUCAGAAAAGUCAAAUUUUCACCGUACUUACAACUUCUUUUGAGAAGUACGGAUUGCAUAUAUGAGAAAAAUAAAUAAAUAAAAAAAAGUGGGUUGGGGAGUGUAAGUUAUGAACAAAGCUUAGCUUAGCUUAGCUAGUAAUUACCUUAGUUAUGUAUAUGGGAAGUCUAGUACUGUUUGAAUCUAGUGGCAUAAGAUUUUUUUUUGGUAAAUAGGAGAUCGUGACUAGUAUUCUCAGAUGUCAUGUAAUAAAAAGAAAUUAUGUGUAUCAGUCAAAGUUGCAGUGAUAUAUGAAUAGAGAAAAAAGUGUUUUUGUGUUUGGAUA